AUGGCACCCGCUCUCACCACCGAGACCCCAAGGAACACGAGCUCUGCUCACGCCCUUCAGAAUCCGAUCGAUCCCAGCUUUCUUGAUCGUCUAGACAAGGACUUUAUCGAAUACUACAAUCUUCACCUCGCGAACAAGCCAGCGACUCACUCCGUCUCCAUUGCCGACAUCCGCGCCAACCCCAAGAAGUAUGCCUCACCCUGGUGCCGUGACUUCUCCAACGAGCCUUUUGUCAAAGAUAUCAAGAUCAAAUCAGACGAUGGCCAUGAGAUCACUGCGAGAUGCUAUCACCCCGACGCCAGCAAGUCGCCGUUUGGCCAAGGGCCGUACCCAGUUCACAUCAACUUUCAUGGUGGAGGAUUCACUUUUGGUGAUCUGACUGGCGACGCCGAACUCUGCAUGGAGUGGCGGAAUCGACUUGGGAUUAUGGUCAUUGAUGUCAAUUAUAGACACUGCCCUGAGAACGCCUUUGGAAAAGGGCAUGACGACGCCUGGGCGGCUAUCCGUUGGGUGCAUCGCCACGGGAGUGAGAUUAACAUUCGUCCAGACUCCAUCUCGAUCGGAGGCAUCUCCGCCGGGGGAACACUAAGCGCCGUCGCCCAGCAACUCGCGCGUGACCACGGGCUUCCUUUAAAGCUAGCUGUUCUGGCGGUUCCUUGCACAGUCAUCCAUGAUACACCCGCCACCCCGGAAGAAAGCCCCUUCGCAUCCUUUGCCGAGAACGCCCUGGCGCCCUGCCUCAACUGGAAACGUAUCGUCUACUUCCGGGACCAUUGGGCUUCCACGACUGAGGAGGAGAGAGCCGCCUUCUUUGCAAGGGGAGAGGCUUUCCUGAGUCCCCUCAAGGGAGACUUGACUGGGGUUUGUGACACCUUCGUCUGCACCGCAGGCUGUGAUCCUCUUCGAGACGAGGGCGAGCAGUAUGGACGGCGCCUCGUGGAGUCGGGUGUAAAAACUACAGUACGGCGCUAUACGGGUGUGCCUCACCCCUUUAUGCACAUGGCUGGUGUGCGAAAGGCCCAAAUGUUUAUGGAUGAUGUUACUGAAGAAUUGAAGAGAGUUCACCACGCCUAG